CAGAACAGGGCGAGUCCAGACUCCAGUCCAGAAUGCGGAGCAAGUGGAAGAAUUAAGGUGGUCGCUGUGUAUGAAAACACAGAUCUGCAUAUUACCCUUAAACAUGGAGCAUAUCGGUAACUGAAACCUUUCGGAUUCAGAACAUUCCAGACUGAAACCUGGAUUACUGCGAUUUUUACCAACAACGCAAAGUAGGAGUGAAAGAGUUACCAAAAUUGGUCACUGAAGUAACUUGGAGCUAAGAUGGCGGGAAAAGAGCGCAGUCCACGCCACAGACCAUGGUCUGUGUACCGAGCCAACACGUUUGAUCUAUCCUCUGAGAUGAUGGGGUUGGCACUAGCAGGAAACAGUCAGGAUCCUGAUGAGCCAGUGCUUGAGUUCAGUCUGGCAUGCAGUGAACUGGUCACUCCAUCACUGGACCGUAAGCCUAGUAGCUUUGUAGCUGUGAGCUGCACCACCCUUCCACAAGCAUUCUGGACCAAACACGCACAGACUGAAAUUAUAGAGGGCACCAGUAAUCCAAUCUUCUUGAGCAGCAUUGCCUUCUUCCAGGACUCUCUGAUUACCCAGCAGACUCAAAUCAAACUGUCUGUCUAUGAUGUGAAAGAUCGCUCACAGGGGACUAUGUAUCUGCUUGGAUCAGCUAUGUUUACAGUAAAAGAGUUGCUUCAAGACAAACACCACAGGUUGCACCUCACAUUGCGAUCAGCAGAGAGCGAGCGGAUGGGCAACAUCACCAUCAUCGCAUGGCAAAUGGAGGAGAGGAGAGACCAGCGAGCUCCUCUGGCACGUUCAGACACAGUAAAUGGCAGGAUGGUGUUACCUGUUGAUGAAAGUCUAACUGAAUCUAUGGGAGUAAAAUCAAAAUCUGCCUCUCUAUGUAAAGACAGCCUUUUAAAGGCAGUGUUUGGAGGCACUAUUUCACGGAUGUACCGAUUUCCCACCACUGAUGGAAACCACCUGCGUGUCCUGGAGCAGAUGGCAGAGAGCGUGCUCUCCCUACACAUACCAAGACAAUUCGUCAAACUGCUGCUGGAAGAAGAUGCUGCCAGGGUGUGUGAGCUGGAAGAGCUGGGUGAGUUGUCCCCUUGCUGGGAGAAUCUACGGAGACAGAUCAUCACUCAGUACCAGACUAUCAUCCUCACCUAUCAAGAGACUAUCAGUAAUUUACACGAGUAUAAGGGUCCUUCCUUUAAAUCUAGCACUCUGAAAGGAGAGAAAAGAUUAGAGUUCUUGCCUACAAACCUUCACAUUCAGAGGAUGAGAGUGCAGGGCGAGUCUGGCUACGAUCGCACAUAUGACGUAGUGACCACAGGGGCCCCUGCAGCACAUCAUCAGGGCUUUAAGGGCAGCGGACUGAGGAAACUCAUUCAGAAAUUUGAGGAAGCCAAAAAGCAUGCGAAUGAAGGUGAAGGUGCUGGGGAAUCAACUUCACUGUCAAUGCGGUACCAGCCACAGGAUGUGUUGAAAGCUAAAGAAAUAAUUUCCCAUAUUAACACACUCAAGACUCAGGUCUGCUACUACACAGAGCGCCUGUCCCGUGUCGCCAAAGAACGCUCGACCAAUGCACUGGAGAGAACCCUCGCUAUCCUGACAGACAAGACCCGGCAGCUGGUGACAGUGUGUGACAGUAAGCUGCUAACUACAGCUAUCCAAGCACUAAGUGCGGCACGGCCAGAGUUCAUCGCCUCCAGAGGCUCUCCCUCCACCCCUGACACUGAGCGGGUGGUCCUGAGAAAUGAACAGGGCUCUCCAAAGGCCAAAUGGAGUGGGAAGGGGAAAAGAGCUUCCAUGAAUGUAAACUGGCAUGAGGAGGAGUGGGAGAAGAUUUGGCUCAACGUGGAUAAGAGUCUGGAGUGUGUGAUCCGCUGUGUGGAUAGACUGCUGACGAGAGAGUGGGCACAGAGUGACAGCAGUGAAGACGUCUUCCAGUCUGACCAACAGUCCGAUACCAUCAAGAGAGGUAGCCAGGGCAAUGCGUUCUGGAUCAACCCUGGUGACGGGCUCCCUUGCCCUUCCUCCUCCACCCCCCUGUUUUCAUCGCACCCUCUCUCAGCUCAGUCCUCUUCAUCAUUAUUACCAUCGUUCUCUUCACCCUUACUGACCUCUGCAUGCUCCUCCAGGUUUAACAGACACUCCUAUGGUAGCCCCAGUGUUGAAGGGUGCUCUCCUGGUGAAUGGAGUGAAGCUCUGUAUCCACUCCUGACCACUCUCAAUGAGUGUGUAGCCAUGAUGAGUGACAAAGCCAAGAAGUCCAUGGUGUUUCUACUAAUGCAAGAUAGUGCUCCCACUAUUGCCAUGAAUCUGGCACUACAGUACCGCAGAGAUGUGGUUUUCUGUCAGACGCUCACGGCCAUGAUCUGUGGAUUUGUUAUAAAGCUGAGGAACUGUCUCAGUGACGACGGCUUUCUCAGACAGCUCCACACUAUCGGCUCACUGAUCCAGUUUGAGGGUCUACUGAGCACCUAUGGAGAGGAGCUUGCCAUGUUGGAAGACAUGAGCAUAAGCGUCAUGGACCUACGGAAUGUCACAUUUAAAGUGACCCAGGCAACCUCCAGCUUCAGCCCCGACAUGCUACCUGUCAUCACGGGUAACAGAGAUGGGUUUAAUGUGCGUGUACCAUUACCGGGAGCGAUGUUUGAUGUGUUGCCACGGGAAAUCCAAAAUGGGAUGCUGCUGCGUGUUCAACCAGUAUUAUUCAAUGUGGGAAUCAAUGAGCAACAAACUCUAGCGGAAAAGUUUGGAGACACAUCGCUACAGGAGUUAGUGAAUAUGGAGAGUCUAGCUCGGCUUACCUCCUAUUAUGACCAGUUUAAAGAGGUGCUGCCUGAAGACUGUCUACCCCGCUCUCGCAGUCAAAACUGUGUGCCUGAGCUACUCAAAUUCCUCAAUCAAAAUGUCAAUGCCAGGAAGAGCAAGAAUGUGGACAUCCUGUCACAGGCAGCAGAGGUGUGCCGGCGUCUGAAUGGUGUGCGUGUUACCAGCUGUAAGAGUGCAAAGGAUCGUACAGCCAUGUCAGUGACCCUGGAGCAAUGUCAAAUCCUCCAGCAUGAGCACUGCAUGGCCCCGCAGGUCUUCACCCAGGCCCUGGACUGUAUGCGCAGCGAGGGCUGCAGGCGAGAAAACACCAUGAAAAAUGUAGGCAGUCGCAAAUAUGCCUUCAACUCUCUCCAGCUGAAGACUUUCCCUAAACAGUACAGGCCACCAGAGGGCACCUACGGGAAAGUGGAAACUUGAUUUAAUGACCAGUCAGCUGUUCUAGCUCUCCAUGGCUAGAGCUGCAUGUUUCUCCUCGUCUGUUUACUUUAUUACCACAUAUCUGAAGAAAGGAUAUAUUAUGCACAGUCAUGCUGAAAUCUGCUCUGGUUAUCAUCCAGAUGACAAUGUUAAUAUUUUCUGGUCCCCAACCUCUUCUUUGAUCUGUGGUUCUGAGAAGGAGAUGAGGAAAGAAAAUCACUUGAAGGUUUAAGAGUUUCUCGCUUUGUUGUUCCACUGAAAGCAAGUAUGGAGGCCUGGUAGACCCUUAAGUACUUUAAGAGAGAGAGUGAGAGAAAAACAAGACCAAGUUAAAUUUUUGCCAAAUAAUCCCAAAGCUCCUAAUUCAUUCCAUCUGUGUUAACUGUUAGAUGCUUUCCAGCACAACGCUUUGUUUUUGUGCUUAAAUACAAAGGUCAAAAAUAUUAGCACUGAAGCAAACCUGUGUUUUAUCAUCCUUUGGAGUGUAUUCAAAGUGCUGUGGUACAACUUGUUCCCAGAGUCAGCUUUAACAUUUGUAGGGAUAAAUUAGUUUAAGUUAGAGAAUUCAUGUGUGCACAUAAUAUUAAAACUAAACCAUUAUUUAUCAUCACUCUAUUUAAGUAUACACAAUACUAGCUGCCUUAAGAGUCCACCAUUGCAAACUCCCCCAAUGUCAAAGUGAAUAUGUAGAUACUAAUCCGUGUAAGACUAUUUGUUUUGUGACAGAGUGUUUUAUCUAUUUAUUUACUGUAAAACUCUCUCUUUAAAAGGUUUUAUAAAAUGUUAGUGCUUUAUUGAAGGCCUUUACCCUGCUGUGCAUAAGACAAGCUGUGCACAGAAUGGAUUGUGGUGUACAGUGAGCCUACAGUGUGAAUAUACACUCUUGAACUUUCUAUGGAGAUGUGUGAGAAGACACUAGACAUUGAUAUGUUCAGUGACUGUUUGUAUAUGUUUUCGUAGUACAAAGAUUCUUUGUAGAAUUUGACAUUUAUAUAGGUUGACAUGAAUGUCAGUACUGAUUUUAACAAGGAGCACUGAUGCAACUGGGCCUAAAAUGUGAAGAAUAUUUCCCGUAGUCUUUUGUUAUCACAAGACAGGGGGAUGCUUUCAGACUAUUUAUUUUAUUGUAAAUGUUGUCCUAAGAAAACCUUGAUGAUCGUGUUUCAUUACAGAACAUAAAAGAACAACAAAUAAUUCUGUAAAGGCUAACUCUGCGUAUAAUGACCUCAUAUCUGCACAAUUCUAUUUUUGUAGUCUAGAAUGACCACAGUGGAAUGACAUCAGCAUUUCUCUCUGCACAAAUAAAUGCACAAAUGGAUUCUGGUUUGUAUAUAGGGCAAGAUUGGCCAAAUGAAAGCUUACAACUGCAGUUUAGGAGACAGGCGCAUGUGUCUUAACUUCUGAUUGCGUAAUGCAAGUUAUGAUUACUUAUAGUAAUCAUUUAAAAUUCUUAGCAGGUGCACUGCAUGGAAUAUAGGCAGAAGAUGAUGGUUCAGUUUGACAUGUACAGACAUUUAAAUUUGUUUUGAUCACUCAUUAACUUAAUUUUUUUAUGUUUUCAUAUACGACUUUUAGUCUAUUGUAAGUGCAAAAGCACUAUUAUGUUGUAAGGGCAUGCUGCCCAGUUGGCCUUUCAGUUUCUUUGUGUUAUUAUUUUUCUUUUAAAUGUAUGUUCAAACACCAUGCUGUACAAAAAUGGCUCUUUCCUCCAAAUAUAAAGCUUUUAAAUUAAUCAAAAUAA